CUAUGAUGGCCCCCCGCACUAGCGGCAGGUCCCGGGUCUAGAGCUAGCUGCCAAGGUUCGCGCUCUGGAGAAACGCUAAGGGCAUACUGCAAAAGACUGGCUUCCUUUGGAACUCAGGAGGUUAUUAGGUUCCUGCAUGUUAUUUCGGGCCUGAUCAACAUUUCAAGCUAAACAUGGUGGUGAUGAGUAUCCUCAGGGCCAUUCUGCAAGCCUCUCCAUGCAGGUCACCGUGGAGAAGAUUCCAGAUCCCCAGCUCCGUGCCGGCGAGGCCCUGCAGCCUCUACACCUGCACGUACAAAACCCGGAACCGAGCCUUGCACCCGCUCUGGGAGAGCGUGGACCUGGUCCCGGCGGGCGAGCGCCAGUCGCCCAUCAACAUCCGGUGGAGGGACAGUGUCUAUGAUCCUGGCUUAAAACCGCUCACCAUCUCUUAUGACCCGACCACCUGCCUCCACGUCUGGAAUAACGGGUACUCCUUCCUCGUGGAAUUUGAAGAUUCUACAGAUAAAUCAGUGAUCGAGGGAGGACCCCUGGAACACAAUUACCGACUGAAGCAAUUCCAUUUUCACUGGGGGGCCAUUGAUGCUUGGGGCUCCGAGCACACUGUGGACAGCAAAUGUUACCCGGCAGAGCUGCACUUGGUACAUUGGAAUGCAGUCAAAUUUGAAAACUUUGAGGAUGCAGCACUGGAAGAAAAUGGUUUGGCUGUGAUAGGAGUAUUUUUAAAGCUAGGAAAACAUCACAAAGAGCUGCAGAAAUUGGUGGAUACUUUGCCAUCAAUCAAGCAUAAGGACACCCUUGUGGAAUUUGGGUCAUUUGAUCCUUCCUGCCUGAUGCCCACCUGCCCAGAUUACUGGACCUACUCGGGGUCCCUGACUACCCCGCCCCUCUCUGAGUCUGUCACCUGGAUCAUUAAGAAGCAGCCCGUAGAGGUUGAUCACGAUCAGCUUGAGCAGUUUCGGACCCUGCUCUUCACUUCGGAGGGGGAGAAAGAGAAAAGAAUGGUGGACAAUUUCCGCCCCCUUCAGCCCCUAAUGAAUCGCACUGUCCGCUCUUCCUUCCGUCACGAUUAUGUACUGAAUAUACAAGCGAAACCCCAGCCUUCAACUAGCCAAGCAACUCCCUAAGACACUCAUAUCUAGGCAGUACUUUGCUUUAAUGAAUACAUACUAGCUUUUUAGAGAUUGUUGAUUGGACUGUUCUAAACGCCUACAUUUAAUAAUAAUUGUAGAUGCGCAUUUCUUGGUGUGGCAGUGCUCCUUCAGUCUCUGAAGAAAGCUCUUUGGUAAAGAAGUUCUUAACUUUUAUUGAUAAUGAUGUUUGACACUGACGUGGCAGUAAGAGACACAAGUUUGUCCUUCAGCAACCUGUUAGUAAUCGUAAUGUCUUUUUAUGUCCUAUAUUUCUGGGUUGUCUUAUGUUUAUUAGUUGUCUUUUUAUGUUUGUUAGUUAGUAACUCUAUAGAGUUGUAAGUAGUGAUGGUAAUCAAAAUAUUUAACACUGGUAAGGUGCAGACACUGACCAUCCAGAAUGCAGGCCUUUCAGAAAUGGCCCCAGCGCCCAAACUGGUACUUCCUGGCUAGCUGAACAUUGGCCAUGGUUUUAGGGAUAUUUUAUUUCAAAAUCUGAAUGUAUAUUCUUUUCUAAAGCCUUCUCAACAAGUAUAUUUGCCUGAUCUUUAGUUGUUAUCCCUAGUACAUGAUAUGCUUACUAUCAAUUUAUGACAUAGAAGAAAAUAUUUUGUAGUUCUAAGAAAAUAAGAAUUUACUUAUAACAGGGAAUCCUUUUGCACUUCUGAAGAUCAAAUAUUUUACCUCAAGACCUGAUCAUAUAGAAAGCAUAUACAGAGCAUUUUAAAGAAAAUGCUUGAAGUUCCUAAAAUUUAAAAUUCUUUCAUGCUUUAUUUACAGACAUCGUUUUCAAAAGACUAGUAAUAUAAUAGUCUAUAGUUUAUAGUGUUAUUUUGCAUUGUUUGUACACUGUUUCAUAGAAUAUAAUAUUUUCCACAAUGACAGAACUAUCAUGGCUUUCCUUGAGAACUGCCUGACCUUUAUUUCAUGAGUUGAGGUUCUGUGCAAGGCAGGUGCUCAACAUAAAUCUUCCAGUUAAUAUAAUGGUUUAAAUGACUUCUGCUACAGUAAUAAGGAGAGAAAAUUAACAGGCUAAAAUCUAGAGAAUUCUACGUAUUUGGGGGAAUCCAUGCCGUUGUUGCCUUUGCUUGUAAAUACCUUGGAAUGUUUCUAGUUGCCUAUAAGCCUGUGUUCAAACUCAAUAUUGAAUUUACUAGUGGUCUUUCUUUCAUUAGUAUGCUAGUCAUCUGAUCUGCAAGGUAGGGUUGGAUGAGUAGACUUGACACUACUAAACUAUACACUGAAAAAGUUUAAGAUGGUAAAUUUUAUGUGUAUCUUACCACAGUUAAAAAUAAAUAAUACAUUCAGUAGAAGAAAAAGAGGGUUGGAGUUGUAUA